AUGUCAAUAAGCGAACUGGUGGCCCAUGUAACCUCGGGGAAAAGAGAAGAGCUGAAUUAUGAACUAUUGCCACACGGCGACGAUAAGAAAUAUGUCGAAAUCAUUCGUUUAGCAUGGGAACACGAUCAACUUUAUCGCAUAGAAAUGGCUACCUUAUUUAAGAGCAUGUUAGAUCUUAACCACGAGUACCGACAAAUUUCCAAAUUCGAAAGUAUCAUCACUCCCAAGGAGAGAAGCUCAAGUACCGAGAACACAGCGGGGAAAUGUGUACGUAAUUUCAACAAUGCGCACUCCUUCAUUAAAAUAAUUCCUCCUGUGGAUGACGGAAUUAAAGCACACGACUGCGGGAACUAUGAAGAGGCAUGGAAUAUAUUUGAGUCUAACUCUGGUCUAGGCAAUAGUACAGCGAGAUUCUGGGUUGGUAAAUUUUACUGGAAUGGGAUUUUCGUUGAAGAAGAUAAAGAGAAAGCGCUCGAAUAUUAUGAGGCGGCGGCCAACGAUGGAAAUUCGGAAGCACAAUAUACAUACGCCAUGUCGCUGAUGGACGUGCAUAAAGCGCAGUCGGUUAAGAAGAAGGUCCCGAUUAUCAAGAAUUUGAAGAUGGCGGCCGCAAAUGGUCACGCGAAAGCUCUAAAUGCGUUGGGAAACAUUUAUUUGAACGGGAAGUUGCAAACCACGGUGGACGAAAAACUGGCCAUAGAGUAUUAUAAGCUGGCCGCGUUGAAAAAUCAUGAGGAUGCGAUUAAUACAUUAAAGGAGAUGAACAUUGAUAUGUAUGAAUAG